ACAAUCUUAGUGUUUAGUAUUCAAAACACACUGUUCUUAAUGGACGAAAUCAUAGUAAAAAAAACAUAGUAAAGUUUAGUACAAAAUACGAUAAAACUUAACUGAGCAGUUGUGAACUGAUUGUAUUCCACUGUAGAAUAUCUAUUUUAUUCCGUUGGAUUGGAUGGUAAAAAAAGAAAAAUAUAUAUAAAUGUCAACAGAUGCUGAAGGUCUGAAAUUCUGAAGCUGCAAGAUGCAAAUUUUCUGUAUAUUAUAUUCGGUAUUAUGUAUUAUGUGCUUUUAAAAAGUGUUACGGUAUUGUUAAUCCUAUCACACUGCACAUCCACUAAUCUGAAUAGUGCAUACAGUAUUGAUAUGUAUCAAUCCAUUCUUGAGCUCGAUCCCAGUUCCAUGUUUUUGUUCUAUUCUCCUGUGCCUGUCAAAGGUCAGAGUGAAGGAAUGGAGCAAACCUUGAAAUCGUGGUAGUGCAUAAUGGCUUUAGUCUUUUGAGUUGUUACUGAUAACUUGACAAUAUGAACAACGUUUUUAUCGUUCGACGGGCUUUCUCUACCUCUUGUAUGCUUUGUCCCUGGCGGAGGGCACGCAAAGUCGUCCUGUCCUCAGGACAGUUGGCACACCAAAGCCAGGGUCUGGUCUUCAAGGGAUGCACUAACUUUAAAAGAUGGUUUUCCAGCAGGACUGCGAAUUCCAUGAAUAUAUUUGAUAGGAACAUGAAAAGAAGGCAGAAAAACUGGGCUGCGGCGUUGCAGGACGGUGACAAAUACCAUUAUCUGAGAGACGAGGUUGGCAGUAGGGUUGCAGAUAGGGUUUUUGAUAUCGCAAGAACAUUUCCUCUUGCUCUGGACAUUGGCUGUGGAGCAAGUCAUAUUGCCCUGCACUUGAACAAGGAAACAAUUGAAAAGCUCUUCCUAAUGGAUGUCACAGUAAAUGCUCUGAAACUGAAAGAGACUGAAAUCCCUACCUACAGAGUACUGGCAGAUGAAGAGUUUCUUCCUUUCAAGGAGAACACAUUUGAUCUUGUUGUCAGCAGCUUAAGUUUGCACUGGAUAAAUGAUCUCCCAGGGGCUUUCCGGCAGAUCCAUCACGUCCUGAAGCCUGACGGAGUGUUCAUUGGAGCCAUGGUUGGGGGGGAGACUCUCUAUGAGCUGCGCUGCUCACUACAGCUUGCUGAACUGGAGCGGGAAGGGGGCUUUGCACCUCACGUGUCUCCCUACACUGCGGUCACAGACCUGGGAAACCUGCUGGGCCAGGCUGGCUUUAACAUGUUGACUGUUGACAUUGAUGACAUCCAAGUGUAUUAUCCAGGGAUGUUUGAAGUGCUGAAUGAUUUGCAAGGGAUGGGUGAAAGCAAUUGUGCUUGGAAUAGAAAACCCAUGCUGCAUAGGGACACAAUGUUAGCUGCUGCAGCAAUAUACAAAGAAAUGUAUGGUAGUGAAGAUGGGUCUGUACCUGCAACAUUUGAGAUUCUGUAUAUGAUUGGAUGGAAGCCUCAUGAAUCACAGGCAAAACCUGCAAAAAGAGGCUCAGCUAAUAUGUCUUUUGGUGACCUUGGGAAAAUUAUUCAGCCACCGUCAAAGAAGCAAUAAAUUGUUAUAUUCUUA